GCUAAGGGGGGCGUGGAAGGGGUUUGCAUUUGCAGGGCGAAGGAGGACUGCGGGAGCAGGGCUGCAAAGAAGUAGUAGCAGCCGCAAGAUCUUCGUGGGGGUCUCCGUAGAAAAGCCUCUCUUCUCGGCCAACUGAAUGAAGGCAUCUUUCCACAGAUGGAGGUGACUCAGUAGAAAAGGCAGGAAAUGGAAGAGCAGGACCCAGAAGGACCUGGGACUGGCAAGACAGCAAGCAAAGGCCCCCAUCCCACCCAAGGUGGGAGUGGGGUUGAAUUCUGGGAAAGAGUUGUACCAGAGACCCUGAGUACAGGCUCCAUCACCUCGGAUGUACAUUGCCAAUGCUUCCGGCAGCUCCACUAUCAUGAGGCCGAUGGGCCCCGAGAGGUUUGCAGCCAGCUCCAUGGACUUUGCAAUCAGUGGCUGAAGCCAGAGAAGCACACCAAGAAGCAGAUCCUGGACCUGGUGAUCCUGGAGCAGUUCCUGACUCUCCUGCCAGAAGAAAUGCAGUGCUGGGUCAGAGGAUGUGGACCGGAGACCAGUUCCCAGGCGGUGGCCCUGGCCGAAGGUUUCCUCCUGAGUCAAGCAGAGGAGAAGAGGCAGGCAGAACAGAUGUGGGCACCACCUGUAAAGAAAGAUGCUACAUUCCCUGAGGCGGAAGGAGCUUCCUUGGAGCAAGGGCAAAGGACGCAGACCAUGGGGCGUGCCCAAGAUACCCUCUCCUGUGGCAGUGAAGAGAUGCUGUUGAGCCGUCAUCUUUUCAGAGGUGUGGAAACGGCUGCUGCAUCUCCAGUCCAGGGUCCCUUUUCCUUGGAGGAGGUGUCCGUCUCUUUCACGGAGGCAGAGUGGGCCGUGUUGGAUCCAGGCCAAAGAGCUCUCUACACUGAAGUCAUGCUGGAGAACUAUGGGAACAUGGCCUCUCUGGAGGAUGAUCAGAGGAAUGAGGAGGGUGAGGAAAUUUAUCAACAAUUGACAAAUAGACUUAAUAAUGAAGACUUGAAAGGAAAUGCCAGAGAUGAAGGCAGACAUAAAAGGAAGAAAGACAGCCAUUUGGUUGAGAAGAGAGAUGGAAGAAAGCGUAAUGUACCUUUUUCAAAGCACAAUGUAAUGAAGAGAAGCAAAUCCAUUCCAUGUGGAAAGUACUUCAAAUAUAGAUCACAGCUUCUUGUGAACCAGAGAAUACACAGAGGGGAGAGACUUUCAGAAUAUGGAAAUAAAUUCGGGUGGAGUAGCAAACCUCAACAGCAAGGAGCACACAAAGAGGAUAAACGUUUUGAAUGUUUGGAGUGUGGAAAGAGAUUCAGUCGCAGUCGCAGUCUUCAAGAGCAUCAAAGGACCCACACAGGGGAGAAACCAUUUGAAUGCUUAGUGUGUGGAAAGAGAUUAAGGACAAGUAGCAAUUUUCAGUCACACCGAAGAACACAUACAGGAGAGAAACCUUUUGAAUGCACAAAUUGUGGAAAGAAAUUCAGUGUGAGGGGAACUCUCCGAAAGCAUCAGAGAACCCACACCGGAGAAAAACCUUUUGAAUGCAAAGAGUGUGGAAAGAGAUUCAGUCAGAGUGGUGCUCUUCAACAGCAUCAAAGAACCCACACGGGAGAAAAACCUUUUGAAUGCUCAGAGUGUGGAAGGAGAUUCAGUAACAGUAGCAAUCUUCAUGUGCACCAAAGAACCCACACAGGAGAGAAACCUUUUGAAUGCUCAGAGUGUGGAAAAAGAUUCAGUCAGAGUGGCAGUCUUCAACUUCAUGAAACAACCCACACAGGGGAGAAACCUUUUGAAUGCUCAGAGUGUGGAAAGAGAUUCAGUUGGAGUGCCCAUCUUCUACAGCAUCAAAAAACCCACACAGAGGAGAAACCUUUUGAAAGUUUAGAGUCUGGAAAGAGAUUCAGUGAGAGUGGCCAUUUUCAAGAGCAUCAAGCAAUCCACACAGAAGAGAAACGUUUUGAAUGCUCAGAGUGUGGGAAGAGAUUCAGUCGCAGUGGCCAUCUUCGAGACCAUCAAAGAAUCCACACAGGGGAGAAACCUUUUGUAUGCUCAGAGUGUGGGAAAGGAUUCAGACAGAGUGGUGGUCUUCAUUGUCAUAAAAGAAUUCACACAGGGGAGAAACCUUUUGAAUGCAAAGAGUGUGGGAUGAGGUUCUGUCGCAGUGACAGUCUUCAAAGCCAUCAAAAAACCCACACAGGAGAGAAACCUUUUGCAUGCUCGGAGUGUGCAAAGAGAUUCAGUCACAGUGCCAGCCUUUUGCAGCAUCAAAGAACCCACACAGGGGAGAAGCCUUUUGAAUGUUCACAGUGUGGGAUGAGGUUCAGUCGCAGUAGCCAUCUUCAACGGCAUCUAAGAACCCACACAGGGGAGAAACCUUUUGUAUGCUCAGAGUGUGGGAAGAGGUUCAGUCACAGUCGCAGUCUCCAACAGCAUCAAAGAACCCACACAGUCAGAUUCAGUCAGAGUGGCAAUCUUCAACAGUAUCAAAGAACCCACACAGGGGAGAAACCUUUUGAAUGUUCAGAGUGAAGAAAGAAAUUGAGUUGAAAAAAAUAUGUUUCAAAAACUCAGGAGCUUGUAACAGGUUGUGCUUUUAACUUCACAGUGUAUUCUGGAUUCUACCACCACAGGUUACCCACAGAAAUAACACUUCCCGCCUUAACACUUUUUUGUUGUAUGCAGCGAUAGGUCCCUCUCCAAACCUCCGGGUGUUCAAAACAGUUAAAAGGAGAGAGGUUUUGGUCCCCGAAUAUUGUGCUUCACUUCUCCCCAAAGUAAUGAAUGGCAGUCAUUCAUGGAUAUAAUAGAAAGUCAAAGGACUGGAAGAUUAGAUUUUGGACUAAAUUUGUGGCCUGUUAAAAGGAGGGUAUUUUUUUUGUUGUUUCGGCAGUAAUAAAGAGGAGUAUAGAUGCAUGCA